AUGGUUCUGCUAGGAUUCAUUGACGAGCCUGUAGGGGAUGAGCCUACCAGCUUUGAAGAUAUAUUUGUAGGGGGCCAGCCAAGUUAUUUCAAGGACGUUAGACCACCUACUGAAAUAACAAAUUGCAAGAACUGUGGAGGUCAGUUAUCCCUUCUACUCCAAGCGUUUGCACCUUUUCAAGAUGAGCUCUACGAUAGGAUUAUAUAUGUUUUCAUGUGUCCCAAAGCUGAAUGCAGUAAGAAAAAUGGCAGCGUGAGAGCUAUACGGGGUGUUUGCAAAGAUCCCAAACUGAUGGAAGAGAAUAAAAGCCAAGUAGAGCAGGAAGCGGAAGAACGAGUUGUAGAACCAGUCAAAGAUCUUUUUGGCGAACUCACAUUGGAUUCCAACCCAUUUGCUUCAGCAAACCCAUUUUCAUCUGGGAACCCUUUUGACAAAAAAGGAAAACUCCAUCCAGCCCCCGUCGGCUACAAAACCGGAGAAAACGUCACAAGAAUCAUUUCCAUCCUUUUUUUGUAUGUCGAAGAGGAGACACUUUCACCAAGGAAGUUCAACCUUCCUGCAAAUAUGGAGAUUGACGAAUCGGUCCUAGAUGCUGAGAUCGAGACUGAAGGGUCCGCUAAACUGAAAGGGUCAGAUAUCAAGCAAGCAAUUGAUGAUGACGAUACUUUCAAUGCAUUUACAGAAAAAGUUGAGCACAAUCCUUCCCAGGUUUUACGAUACCACCUGGGAGGAAAGCCACUACUGUAUAACUCCAAGGAUGAAAUAUAUCAAACGAUCAUCAAAGCUAAAGUGCCAGGAAAACAGUUCGAACUUCAAAUAAUGCCCAAAUUAAUCAUGGAUAUCGAAAAAGACAACUUUGAAAUGGACUGGGGUACCAUUAUUGUCUAUACCGACACGAAUGACGCCAUUGAGUUGGACGAAGAGUUUGUAGGGUAUAAAGAAGAGUGGUGUGGGGUUCAGUACGAGCAAUGGAACUCUCCUCUAUAG